AUGGCGAUUGGCGCACCGCCGGAUGAUUCCCGUCAGCGGCCUGCUGCUAACCAGGCUGCAAACAUCCUCGAGAAUGUGUGGGCUACCAUCAUAGGCUCCGCUACCCCGGCGUCGUCGUCGACGGUCGCGUCGUCAGAGGUUGGCGAAGAGAGGCCGCCGGAGGCGAUCUUGGAGAGGCUUCCCAGCCUGGGGAGGUGGAUUUCCAUGGGAGCCGAGGAGUGGGACGAGCUCCUGCUCAGUGGCACGGCGCUCGCGUCGGACGCCGCCGCCUCCGGUGAGCUGCUCGCCGCCUCGCCGGCGAACCAAGAAGCAGACCGGCAGCACGGUCAUCGGGCCAGCAGCAGCUCCAAAACGGCGGCGGCGACAUGCAAGAGCUACAGGGGCGUGAGGCGGCGACCGUGGGGCAAGUUCGCGGCGGAGAUAAGGGACACGCGGAGGAAAGGCGCGCGGGUGUGGCUCGGCACGUUCGCGACCGCCGACGAGGCCGCGCUGGCCUACGACAAGGCGGCGCUGCGCAUGCGCGGCCCGCGCGCGCACCUCAACUUCGCGCGCGACGUGGUGCAGCGCGAGCUGCAGGCGGCCGAGGCGGCGGCGGCGGCCGGGGACGGCUGUGCCGAGACGACCCGCGUGCUGCGACGGAAGAGGAGAGGCAAUCACGAUGCUGCUGAUGAUGAUACAAGGCAUGGGAGUGUGGUGGCGGCGGCAACUGGCCGUGAUCCGACCACGGUGUCGUUCGCCUGUGCGAAGAAAGAUCAGGGGACGCCGCCGUCGAUGAUGCCGGAACGCUCGAUCAGUGAUCAAGGAGCGGUGAUCGAAUUCGAGGACAUCGGUGGCGAGUACUGGGACUACUUGUUCACCUGA